GAGAGGGGGAGUGGGGGGUCCAUCCAUGGCUUCCGCUUCCGCCGUCGCUUCCAAGAGGGUCCCGCUGGCCGCCCUCCUCAAGGAGCUCCUCGCCUCACAGUCCGGCUCCGGCAAGACCGGCGCCUCCGCCUCCGCCCGCCGCCUCUCCAUCUCCAAGCUCUUCUCCGCCGACUCCAGCGAGGACUCCAGCGACAGCGACGAGGACGCCGUCACCGUCACCGCCACCGCCACCCGCCUCCGUGAGCGCUACCUCUCCCUCGCCAAGCUCCUCAUUGAAGACAUGCUCGACGAGGUGUCGAAGAUGCGCGUGCGCCUGCUGCUGGCGCCGACGGACGACGACGUGGGCGCGGCGUCCAGGGCCAGCGGCGUCUCCCCGCGCGGGUGGUGGGUCUCCAAGGAGGAUGGCGACGCGGUGCAGCUGAAGGUGGCGGUGCCGGGGCUGGGGAAGGAGCACGUGAAGAUGCGGGCGGAGAACGACGUCCUGGUGAUCAAGGGGGAGGUGGAGGGCGGCGACGGCGACAAGGGCUCCGCGCGCUACAGCUACCGCAUCGUGCUCUCCUCCCAUGCCUUCAAGAUGGACCAGAUCAAGGCGGAGAUGAACAACGGCAUGCUCAGCCUCACCGUGCCCAAGAUCAAGGACGAGGAGCGCAAGGACGUGUUCGAGAUCAAGAUCGAGUAGGGGGCCGGGGAUCUAAUGUGGGUGCUUCCGGGUCUUGUUGCAGUCCAUAUCGGAGUUGCAGUUGUUCUAGUAGUAGUAGUAGUUUUAUUACUGGAGUAGUAGUCGUUUUCUGAUGCAGAGCAGCAGAUGCUGCGAAGGAGAGGACCUUUUGGUGGCGAUGGUGUCUCGUUCCUGAUGUGAGGCAGCCAUGUUUUUCACUUUUUUCUGUUCGUCUUGCAGAGUUUAGUUUCAUGGAUGGCGAUGAUCACUGAUGAUCUCGUGAUGACCUUCGAAUGGUAAUGAUAUCUGCAGUUAAUGAUCGACAUCUAUAUGAGCUUCCUGUUACUGU